CCUCCUGUUCAAAAAAAACAAAAAAAACAUCAUACCCUCUCCCUCUCUCUCUCUUCUAAAAUACCUCACUCCCUUCUUCCCCCAACUCCAUACUCUCUCUCUCUACUUUCAUCAUUCGAGAAGAAGCCAUGACGAGCACCGCCGCUCCUUCUCGCAAGGUUCUGAGCAAGAUCGCAUGCAAUCGACUCCAGAAGGAGCUUGUGGAAUGGCAGGUUAAUCCACCUGCAGGGUUCAAACACAAAGUCACUGAUAAUCUCCAAAGAUGGGUAAUUGAAGUCAACGGUGCUCCAGGGACUCUGUACGCGAACGAGAUGUAUCAGCUUCAGGUUGAUUUCCCAGAGCACUACCCUAUGGAAGCCCCCCAGGUUAUUUUUGUUCCUCCGGCUCCACUUCAUCCGCACAUUUAUAGCAAUGGCCAUAUCUGUUUAGAUAUUUUGUAUGAUUCAUGGUCCCCAGCCAUGACUGUUAGUUCGAUCUGCAUCAGCAUUCUCUCCAUGCUGUCGAGCUCCACCGUCAAGCAACGUCCAGCGGACAACGAUCGCUAUGUGAAGAACUGUAGGAAUGGCAGGUCUCCCAAGGAGACAAGAUGGUGGUUCCAUGAUGAUAAAGUGUAACAAUAAUAAUAAUGGUAACCAAGAGACCUGUAACACCACCUCAGGACUAAGGAGGAGAUUUUCAUUUCCAAUAGCAUAAUGACAGUUGGGGAAACAAACAAACAUUUGAAAGCAGCUGCUGCUAAGGUGGCAAUGGUGGGUGUAAUUAUAAAAUUCGUAAGUAGUAAUAUGGUCUUCCAAGGAAUGUAUGAGAACCAAACCAGGCUGGUGUUAUCUAUGUUAUAGUAUGGGUAAGAUGGAGUCUUUGAGCUUUUUCCCCUUUCCUCUCUGAUGAUACUUGCAGUUCUAACUUGAACUAUGUUGGCACAAUCUAAUUUUCUGCAAAAUAUAUCUAUAUAUAUAAGAAUUGCUUUCUUGCU